AUGUAUCAUGCCAAGAAGUUUUCAACAGCGAGCUUAGUUCCUCACAAACCCCAGAGCUCUGAGGAGCUCGCAAACGUUGGGGUUGUCAGUGGUGGCUCUUCAGUGAAAAGCCCAACGCCUUCUGGGGGAAGUGGCAAGCAACGCCUGCGGUGGACUUCGGAUCUCCAUGACCGCUUCGUCGACGCCAUUACGCAACUCGGUGGACCAGAUAGUGGGUAUUUUCUUUUAGUAACGUAA